UCUUAUUCAGCGGCACCAUGGCUAUGCAAGCGGCCAAACGCGCCAAUAUACGCUUACCACCAGAAGUAAACAGAAUUUUAUACAUUCGAAACUUGCCCUAUAAAAUUACUGGGGAGGAAAUGUACGAUAUAUUUGGCAAAUAUGGACCCAUUCGACAGAUCAGGGUUGGGAACACGCCAGAAACCAGGGGCACGGCGUAUGUGGUCUACGAAGACAUAUUUGAUGCCAAGAACGCCUGUGAUCAUCUCUCCGGUUUCAACGUCUGUAACAGAUACCUGGUUGUGUUGUAUUACAACGCCAACAGGGCGUUCCAGAAGAUGGACACAAAGAAGAAAGAGGAGCAGCUGAAACUUCUCAAGGAGAAAUAUGGAAUCAACACAGAUCCCCCCAAAUAAGACUUCCUUCUGUUUUGUUUUUUUUUUCAAUUUUUUUAGACAUUGUUUUUGUUCAUUUUUUGCAAGCUUUAUAAAUGUUUUUGAAUGACUGAUUAUGGACUUCUGUCAUGUGACCUAGUCAAUAUUUCCCAGGAUGCCUGAGUACCGCUACCCCUCCGAAGCAUUGCUUAGUAAAGGAGUUCCAGUGGAAUGUAAUAGAUCAUGUGACCAAUUAUUUCAUGGGAAUAUCCUAUAGUACAAUAUCAUAUAGCUGUCCAUGAAGCUCCUGGUGUGAGCAUUCAUUCCUGAUGGGCUGCAUGCAUUGUACAUGGGGCAUAUGAAUGCAAUGGGCAGAGAAACUGCAGCAUUGCAUUGAGUCGAAUUUCUCUCUCUUCAGAGUUAGUGGAACGUCCAGUUUAAAUAUCCAGAUUUUUAUACUCCGUGACCAUUUAAAGGCCCGCUUCCUGGGAAAAGUAUUUUUUGUAAGUUAAUCAUUAAAACAGACAAGAUUUA